GGCUGGUCGUGAGAAUGGUGCGUUUCUUAGAUGAACAAAGCAAAUUAAAUUAUUUUAAGUUCAAAGUAGAUAAUGUCGUCUGAGCCUACAAAAGUGGACGUAGAGUACAUUAGUGAGGAAAAACUAUUAAAGGAAAAUAGUGGCAGUCAAUCACCUCUAGCUCUCUUAGCAGCAACCUGUAGCCGACUUGGCCCCGCCAACAUGGGGCCAGAACAGGACAAAGAGCAGCAGCAUUACAGCCCGCAGCAGCAGCAGCAAGCACAACAGCAGCAGCAACAACAACAGCAGCAGCAGCAGCAGCAGCAACAGCAACAACAACAACAGCAGCAACAGCAACAACAACAACAGGUCCAACAACUCGUACAACAAGGCGAAGUUGCGCUCAUACAACAAUAUCAACAGCCUCACUUGAGGGUCAUCAGCACUGCUGUUGUGCAACAGCUCAGAGCGCAAGGGCUGUCGGGCAAUGAACUGUCUGCGGCGAUCGUCAAUGCAGCAAGCACUGUACCUAAUGGUAUACAAGUUCAACAACCCCAGGUGAUUUCGAUGCAGCAGUUGCAGUCCCUCUUGGGCGGAGGUGUCGUCCAGAGUUCAGAUGGCGCCACUUAUCAAAAUGCGUCACAACCCUUACUGCAAAUACACCCACAACUUUUACAGCAACAAGCUGGCAACGUGUACGGUAGUUGUCUCGUGGGGGGCGUCGGAGGGGGCGUGGCUCCAAUGCAAACUGUCACUGUUGACGGACAAGAGGCGCUCUUCAUACCAGCACAACAUGCUCAGAAUUUCUCGGGUAUGGGCCAAGUGAGCCUCGUGAAUGGCCAAUUAGUUCGGACGCCGGUGUUGCCAGCCGGCUUCCUACAAAACGUCAUGCAUUUACCCACAGGUGGGGGCGUGGCUGUCCGCGGUGGGGUGGGCGGAGUCGGGGGCAUGGGCAUGGUGCCUGUUCAAGUGCCCGUGAGCAUGGCCAACGGACACACGGUGUACCAGACCGUACAUGUGCCCAUACACGCGCCGCAUUUGCAGAUUAUACCGCAGUUGCAACAGAUGCAAGCACAACCACAGGUCGCGAACGUGCUGACUCCGUCAGGUCAAAUCCAGCAGAUACAAAUCGCUUCACUUGGCAAUGUUCAGCAAAAUGGCGCUUCACAAAACGCAGUCAACGGCUCCCCCACACCCGCUACUAUAACACUGCAGAUGCCAACAUUGGGCGUUGGGGGGUUAGGCGGUGCGGUCCAAUUGGUCCCGGCGAUGGGACUGCCGGGUGCAGUUCAGUUGGCACAGAUACCACAAGCUCAACCGCAAGCGCAGCAACAGCAAACAGUGUCUAUUGGUCAGCAGAUACAACAAGACCCGAAUGAGCCCGGUAAGUGGCAAGUCGUGACGGUGAGCUCUGGCAGCGGCAGUAAUGGUAACGCUGUUAGUCCAACCACAGAGUGCGAGGCCAGCAAACAGAGGUCCGAAAGCCCCAAUAGUGGGAAGCGGCUGGUCAAACGGGUCGCUUGCACCUGUCCGAACUGUGAUCAAGGAGAAAACCGAAUGGUCGAUCGCAAGAAGCAGCACGUCUGCCACAUUCCAGGCUGUAACAAGGUGUACGGCAAAACCUCGCACCUGCGAGCUCAUCUGAGGUGGCACUCCGGCGAGAGACCCUUCCUCUGCAACUGGCUUUUCUGCGGGAAAAGAUUCACCCGGUCUGAUGAAUUACAAAGACACAGACGGACACACACAGGUGAAAAGAGAUUCGAGUGCCCUGAGUGUAGUAAAAGGUUUAUGAGGUCCGAUCAUUUGGCCAAGCAUGUCCGGAUACACACGAAGAACAGGAUUACUGAGGUGGCAACAUCGACACAGUCCAUGUACUCGGAUUCAGCUGAGGACAGUUGUGAAGAGAAAAUGAUGCUUACAAUAGAAACGAUACACUCCAACGAGAACGAUGAGAAGCUGGUGAUGAUCAGGCCUGGACCUAAGAUGGAGCCGGAUCACGUGGACAGUUAGGACGCGCUUAUCUUGGAUUCCGACCAGGAAUAAGGUCUGAACCAAGAACUGGGAA